AUGUUCGUUGUUCAAUAUCUUAUCUCGACUCGCUCAAGAAGGACUAGCUUCUCCUCGACCCGAGUGGAUUCUAAGGGAAGGUGGAAAUGGAAAUGCUAUGAAGAGGAGGAGGAGGAGGAGGAGGAGGAGCACGAGCUAGGAAGAAGGAGCAAAUGGCAUGGGCUAGGGUUUAGUGCUGCGGUUGGGUUGAGGCAUGAACCAGGUGAAGCAAAGCAAGGGAUUACGAAAGCUUGA